AUGUCAUCAUCUUCAUCCGAUGAAGUCGAUGCAAGAUUGGACGAAAUUUGCGAUGAAUACGUGGAAGAAAUAUACAACGACAUAGUGGAGACCCAAACCAUACCACAAAGGACACGUCAGUAUGUUGAACGACACCGCGAAGGAGGACAAGACCAGUUAUGGAAUGACUAUUUCAGCGAAGAUCCGACAUUCUCGACUGCAAUUUUCAGACGCCGUUUUCGCAUGAAUAAGAAUUUAUUCUUGCGUCUUGUUCAUGGCCUAGAAGAGUACUUUCCAUUCUUCCAGCAAAGAAGAGAUGCGACCGGGAGAUGGAGUCUUACGGCACUACAAAAAUGUACUGCUGCUAUUCGACUGCUUGCUUAUGGUAAUGCGGCUGACACCGUUGAUGAAUAUCUCCGACUUGCUGAGACCACUGCACUUUCGUGUUUACAUAAUUUCACAGACGGAAUUAUACAAUUAUUCGGAAAUGAGUAUCUACGACGACCCACACCGGAGGAUCUCCAACGGCUAUUAGAUAUUGGAGAGAAACGAGGGUUUCCUGGGAUGGUCGGGAGCAUUGAUUGUACCUUAAACGAUAUUAAUGUUCUCGAUCGAUCUCCUGUUUUUGAUGACCUUUUACAAGGUCGAGCUCCGAGGGUAAAGUACAUGGUCAACGGACACACGUAUAAGUUGGCGUACUACCUCACAGACGGUAUAUAUCCAAAAUGGUCGACAUUUAUCCAAUCUAUCACACUCCCACAAACUCCUCAACAUGAGUUAUUUGCUAAAGUUCAAGAAGCAACCCGAAAAGAUGUGGAGCGGGCUUUUGGAGUUUUGCAAUCUCGAUUUGCAAUUUCGAAGAUGAACGGGAUGGAUACUCUCAUAUUGAUAUAUCUGAAUUUGAAGAAGGAGACGCCUCCAGAUGUUCAGAGGUGGAAACCGAGAUGCCAACAAAUCUGA